AUGGCUGAGUCUGGCAGUGUGCAGCCACAGAGCAACAGCCCUACUUUUGUCUCUCUGGGGAUGGUUGUGUUAGACGAAAUAAGAUCGCCAUCAAUGGAAACCCUCUAUGAUGUGCCUGGGGGAUCUGGUCUCUAUGGAUACGACUUUCCGGAAUCCGUGGUCGAGACGCUUAGAGCUUGGGAACUCGCUCUACAGGUGAAAAGACUGCCCGACAAGCCAUCGACAAGAGGCCUGUUACAAUACAAGGACGAAAACUUUGGGCUCAAAGAGUUUCAGUACGUUGCUCCACCUCUGCAACCGUGGCCAUCAGAUCUUGAGACCUCGACACUCCUCAACGCCCAAAGUUUCCAUUUCCUAGCAGCCCCGGAAAACCUGGUGAAACAUGCUACAUCGCUAUCUUCCCUUCGAAAGGAUCGUGAGUUGCAGGGGCAGCAUCUUAUUGUAUGGGAACCUGCUCCACUAUCUUGCAAAAAGGAACACCUCGAGUCACAUCUUCAAGCGUGUUGCUUCGUCGACAUCUUCUCACCGAACCACCUCGAGCUGCAAGCCCUAGCACAUGGAAAGUCCGAGAAUCUAUUGUCAUUCUCUAAAGAACUCAUACAAGAGUACGCCCAGGUCUUCUUGAAUGCUGGUAUUGGACGAGAAGGUCGAGGUGCUAUUGUUGUGCGCUGCGGGGAGCAUGGCUGCUUGACAAUGACCAAAGAUGAUGCACUCUGGCUUCCAUCUUUCUAUGCUGCCGCCUCUAGCAAAAUAGUGGAUACGACUGGCGCCGGGAAUGCUUUUCUAGGCGGGUUGACCAUUGGGCUGCAAACAAUAGGUGACCUGAGAGAGGCAACUGUUCUUGGCACUGUAGCUGCCAGCUUCGCACUAGAGCAAAUAGGUCUCCCACAACAUGUGGCUACAUCAGAUCCUUCUUCUGAGACUUGGAACGGGUCAACAGUAGCCUCCCGAAUCGCCGAGUUCAAAGUGAGGGUACACAUUUGA